AUGUUAUGGCAAAAACCAGAACUUAAUUUCUCCCAUCUACUUCACCACCCUCGGGGUUUUCCUUUAAAGCCAACGAUGUUAUUAACCUUAAGAGGCGCUUACAAGCUUUUUUAUUGGCCUAUAAUUUGCGAAUUUCUUUAUGGAACAAUUGCUUUCAAUUUAGAUUGCGGAAAGAAAUCAUAA